GUUCAGUUCAUUAGUCAGCCAUUUUGGUCAACACCCUGCUUACUGCGCACAACCAAUCCUAUUAGCACUCGCUGUCCUGGCUUCUCUGGGAGGAAAGCGACCAGCAGUUUGAUUUCAGCAAAUCUGGAUAUCUUGUGCUGUAUUCUUGCUUUGUUUUUGCUUGGGCAACCAUCAGAGGAAGCCCUUUUUCUUCUUUUUUUUUUUUUUUCCUCCCCCUUUCAUAUUUCUCACCUUUUUUUUUUUUUUCCUUUUUUUCCCCCCUUCUGCUCUGAUGCAGAAGCCAGGUUUUCUGUAGUCGCUUAGGAUCAAUAGCCUUUAGCGUAGCUGAAGACGACGACAGUUGAUUGGAAAGGAAGGAGGAAGAGAGAGCGUGAAGGAGCAGCAUUUUUACCUUGCUUUAUCUAUGAAAAGGCCAGAGCAGUUUCUGUGAUCGUGAGCAUAUCUGUCCUUAAUAGCAAGGUAUUUCUUAUUUUCUGCCUCAGAAAGCUUUUCUUUUUAGUUCUUUUUUUUCCUGUUGUUAUUGUUGUACCAGCUGAGUCAUCAUGUCUGCUCUGACGCCUCAAAGCGACAUGCCAACCCCCACCACAGACAAGAUCACUCAGGCUGCCAUGGAGACCAUCUAUCUUUGCAAAUUCCGAGUGUCGAUGGAUGGAGAAUGGCUCUGCUUGCGUGAGCUGGACGACAUCUCACUGACACCCGACCCAGAACCUACCCAUGAAGACUCUUGGGAGGAUUUGACAGAUGUGGUGGAGCAAAUGCGUGAUGAUACUGAAGAUCCUAACUAUCUCAUGGCUAAUGAACGCAUGAACCUGAUGAACAUGGCGAAACUGAGUAUAAAGGGGUUGAUUGAAUCAGCACUUAAUCUAGGCAGAACACUGGACUCUGACUAUGCACCUCUUCAGCAGUUCUUCGUUGUGAUGGAGCAUUGCCUUAAACACGGCUUGAAAGCAAAAAAGAGUUUUCUUGGGCAAAACAAGUCAUUCUGGGGACCUCUGGAACUGGUGGAAAAGCUUGUUCCUGAAGCUGCAGAGAUCACAGCAAGUGUUAAGGAUCUCCCAGGGCUGAAGACACCUGUGGGUAGAGGAAGAGCUUGGCUUCGUCUGGCUCUAAUGCAGAAGAAACUUUCAGAAUACAUGAAAGCCUUGAUUAACAGGAAGGAUCUUCUCAGUGAAUUUUAUGAGCCUAAUGCACUCAUGAUGGAAGAAGAAGGUGCUAUCAUUGCUGGCCUCCUAGUAGGGUUGAAUGUCAUCGAUGCAAACUUUUGCAUGAAAGGAGAAGACCUGGAUUCACAGGUUGGAGUUAUUGAUUUUUCAAUGUAUUUGAAAGAUGGGAACAGCACAAAAGGCAAUGAGGGAGAUGGUCAGAUAACUGCUAUUUUGGACCAGAAGAACUAUGUAGAAGAACUCAAUAGACACUUAAGUGCUACAGUAAACAACCUCCAGGCAAAGGUGGAUGCUUUAGAAAAAUCCAACACUAAACUGACUGAGGAGCUUGCUGUUGCAAACAACAGGAUUAUUACACUGCAGGAGGAGAUGGAACGGGUUAAAGAAGAAAGUUCUUACAUCUUGGAGUCCAAUCGUAAGGUCACUAAAGACAGAACUGCAGAUGGACAUGCACUGACUGAGGCACGAAAACAGUUAAAGGAGGAGACUCAGCUGCGGCUGGAUGUGGAGAAAGAGCUGGAGGUGCAGAUCGGGAUGAGACAGGAGAUGGAGUUAGCCAUGAAGAUGCUGGAGAAGGAUGUUUGCGAGAAGCAAGAUGCGCUGGUGGCGCUCAGACAGCAACUGGAUGAUCUCAGGGCCCUAAAGCAUGAACUGUCUUUCAAGCUGCAGAGUUCAGACAUGGGAGCGAAACAGAAGAGUGAAUUAAAUAGCCGUUUGGAAGAAAAAACAAAUCAGAUGGCGGCUACCAUCAAACAGCUUGAACAAAGUGAAAAGGAUUUGGUGAAACAGGCAAAAACCUUAAAUAGUGCAGCAAACAAACUGAUCCAGAAGCAUCAUUAGGCAUUUUUAUGUCUGGUCGCCUCACAGCUCUGACAUCAGAACUCAUUUAUGAGGGAAGAACUUGAGAAUUACUGUUUAAAUGUUAAUUGUCUCCUAAAGUUGAUUUGAAAUUUGCUGAAUUUUUAAAAUCAGUGAGUUUUUCUUCAGAGAUUUAGAAUUGGGUAUAAAAAUCCCUAACUUUGCCAUUUAAACUGUUAAACUAUCAAUGAGCUGGCCAAUAAACACAUCAGAAAAGCGUAAGGAAUGGGAGAUAAGUGGCUCUGUACAUCCCUGUGAUGCAUACUGUAUACAGCAGCACAAGUCUUCGACAUUUAUGGAUACUAGAUGCGUUGUUCAAGCCAAUAUCUGAUUGGCCAGCUCUGGAAAGCCAACUAGUUAUCUGUGUUACCCUUUUUGUGAAGUAGACGAGAAAAUGCAUCCCUGGAAGUUGUUGAAAGUAGUUGUGUGCGUACCCCAAACUGUUACCCAUUCACUUCUGUUCUGUGGGUUUACCCCCAAGUCAAAGACAAAUGGGCGCCUCUCGGUAGCUCGUCGGGUGAAGACCAGCCAGCCUUCUUUUAACCAAGACUGCUUGCAACGAUUUUGCCUUAGUGACUUGGUGGGAUGGUGGGGAAAUUAUCCUUAUUCCUUUAAACUUCAUGUGUCCAGAAUUAGUAGCUAGGUGUCUUAGAGUAAUAUGAUAGAGUGGUAAGUUCAGUGAAAACCUCCUUCUCUUUGCAUUGCCUUCUACCUCUGCCAUGAAUCCCUCUAGAAAUACGUUGCAGUUCUUCCUGACUGAAGGAAGAUGAGGAGAGGUGUUUUGAUAGGUCUUUCCUCUUCCUAGAAAGGGAAGUUACGCAUUUUACAAAAAUAUUCUGAUCUUUAUACUCUAGUGUUUAAAAAAAAAAAAAAAAAGGAAAAGAAAAAAAAAAAGUGCAGUGGUGGGGAGUGGGACCAGUAAUUUGGUACUUGACCAUUCCUUGUCUGAGUAGUUAGUGGUUUAAGGGGAAGAGUUGCCUUUUGCUAUUAUACUUGUUACAUUUGUUUCUAAGUUUCUGUUGCUUGAUACAAAUACGGAAUUUGCUACUGAAAGAACAGCUAAAGCUUGGAAAAAGCUCUGAAUAGGAAAAAUCAUCGUCAACUUAACACCCCAGUGCAAAACUUCAAAUAACCGUAGCUUGAACUAUUGUAAAUGAAUAUCUUCUUCCCAGUGGCCGCAAGAGUUCACCGUGCUGGCCCCUCACAGGCUUUAGGUUAUAACUGCUCCUAGAAAUAUUUUGCUUCAACAAAAUGAUAUUUGGUUUUUUUUUCCUGUGUUGAAUAAGGGUCUUUUUGCUCUGAUGAGGUGCUCGUAAACAUUCUUAGAGGCCAGCUCCUCCUUUGUCCUAUCAAAGAGUGCUCUCUGGGGUGCUGGGAGGCAAACGUGACUGUAAUGCAACUGGGGAAGAAAAAACGUAUUGAAUUCUCAUUUAGGUACAUGUAAAAAUCAGCCUAGUCCUCCUAUACCCAAGCGUGUAUCACUGCUUAGCUUGUCUAAUUGACUCCUGCACAAGCAGACUUGGGAGACUGCAUUUGAGUCUUUCAGUGAUCUCCAAGUCGCAUGUUUGAAAGUAUAAACUUAAUCUUCGGUAAUCUUUUACUAUAAAUGCAUUUUAACUUCCUGAAAAAGAUGAAAGCUUUCAUCAAGGUAUCCAAAUAGCUAGUUAGGACAGUUAACUCCCCUGCCCUUCCUCAAAUUUCAUUUGUAGAAAUGGUGGUUUGGGCUGGUUUUGUUUGCUGUCACGGCAAUUCUAAAAUAAGAUAAGAGUUAAGUAUCUGGCAGUUUCUGAUGUCGCGUCCAAAGCAGAGAUGCUUUGGUAUGCUAAUGCCCGGGCACUUGAUCCAAUGCGAUAGUCUGUGGAAGAGACCAGGAAAAUGCACUAAUUCUAAAUAUAAUAGCUAACCUAUGUUGCGAGUUCCAGUUACAUGUGUAAAGCUGAAAUGUAACGUACAUUAAAAUCAAAUUUGACUUAAAAUUCUGUGUACUUGAGGUUUGCUUUGAAUUUGGAUAGAAGUGAUGUUUUAUGUUUUUCAUCUAAUGGCUGUAAACUGUAGUAAUAGAAUAAAAAACAUUGAAAAUCA